UGUCUGAUCACAGAGGAAGGCUGUACUUCUCUGGCCUCAGCUCUGAGCAACAACCCCUCCCACCUCAGAGAACUCGACCUGAGCUACAAUCAUCCAGGAGACUCAGGAAUGAAGCUGCUGUCGGCUGGACUGAAGGAUCCAUUCUGCAAAAUACUUGAGAUUGGGGCGGAGUACGGCGGCAAAACCAGGUUGAGACCAGGUCUGAGGAAGUAUUCCUGUCAACUCACAAUUGACACAAACACAGUGAACAGAAACCUCCAACUGUCUGACAACAACAGGAAGGUGACACAUGUGGAGGAAGUUCAAUCAUAUCCUCAUCAUCCAGACAGAUUUGAUGUUUAUCCUCAGCUGCUGUGUAGAAAUGGUCUGACUGGUCGCUGUUACUGGAAGGUCGAGUGGAGAGGAAACGUUUAUAUAUCAGUGAGUUACAGAAGAAUCAGAAGGAAAGGAGGCAGUUAUAACUGUGUGUUUGGAAACAAUGAUCAUUCCUGGAGUCUGAACUGCUCUCAUAAUGGUCCUCAGUUUGUCUGGCACAAUAAUGUAAAAACAUCCAUCUCCACCUCCUCCUCGUCCUCCUCUGUCUCAAAUAGAGUAGCAGUGUAUGUGGACUGUCCUGCUGGCACUCUGUCCUUCUACAGUGUCUCCUCUGACACUCUGAUCCACCUCCACACCUUCAACAACACAUUCACUGAAUCUCUUUAUCCUGGAUUUACACUCUGUUCUAUUCCUGCUUCCUCAGUGUCCCUGUGCUGA